UGCAGCGGUACGAGAUGCGCCAGCAGAGCUCGACGGGCCCCGCCAGUCGGCCCUGGCCGCCUGCUGGGACCGAGAGCUGCGUCGAGCGACACGAGACGCGCUCGCAGGCGGCGCCGGCACCGCUGGGCCGGCCGCCCUCGCCGUACGACACGCCCUACCCGGGUCCGCAGGCGGAGCGGUACCACACUCGCACCGUCACCACGGAGAUGGAGCGCACCCGCUCCGGGUACGACGGCGCCGGCGCCGAGACGACCAGGGAAGACGGAGCGCCGAGGCCGCUGGUGCCGUCCGGACCGCAGGACGGCACGUACGCGGACGGCCCGCGGCGCCGUGACGUCAGCUCGAGGUCAGUUCAGGUCACCGAGCCGGCCGGCAGCGGGCCGGACGCGGAGCGGCCCCAGGUGGCGCACUCGCAGGACCAGCAGCAGCGCGCUACGCCCGGCGUGUACUACCCGCCGGACGACGCCGACUGCGAGACCAAGUUCAAGACUAAAGAAUCGCACAAGAACGGCAACACCAAGACGGGAUUCAAGGCAAAGGGCAAGUACAAAGCACAUGGAGGCUCCAAGCAGAAGGAAGCCAAGGGAGGCAAGACGAUCCCCAUUUGUCUCCCCCUGUGUGGCGGUGCGGCGUGCAGCAUUAUGUAGGGUGACAUCUAGUGGUGACAUUCAGAACUCGGCCGGGUGGUGCCAUCUGUUGAUUGAACUCGAACUACAGCUGCGCGUAUCACCCGGCGUCAGCGUGUUUUGCUGGCGCCAUGAUCGAGUCGGACCGUACGAACGCGCUCAACGUGCAACUGCGAUGACCAAAACGCUUUACGCCUGAGGGUUAUGGAGGCAUCGACGGCAGUGUUGAGCGUGGACGGGGGCAUGUGAAGCACUCUGUGUUUUGAGGGCAAAACUGGUGCAUUCAUGUCACAAUCUGUACGGAUCGAAUGCCGACACGUUGGCCGGAAGGAUCGCCACGCAGUGUUUGAGAAUGAAUGGCCCGUUCAUGGCACUGGGCCUGCCCCCAAAGAAAUUAAUCUCGAAGUUGGUAGGCGGAACGUCACAGCAUACUCCCUAACUCCGUUGGCAACGUUGUUGCCCGAUUUUCUCUG